AUGUCUUUCGUCGUUCGCCCAACGCCGCUGCCGGGCACAGAGCCUUUAGUAGACGAGAGGGAGGCGCUGCGCUCUUCGGGGCCUCGCAGUUACGAUGCAAUCGUCAGAGCGAAUAUCCAAACCAUCCGAAGCAACUUGCAGAGCAUCGAGGCAAACCUGCGGAAUCUAAACCGCAACUUCAUAUCUCGCCGAAUUGUGGAGUCUUUGCAUGACAAGCUGAAGCAAACUUUCGAUGUCAUUUUGCAAACCGAAACCGCCUUCAAAUCAUGGCUGCAGGAGCAGCAGCAAACCGCCGAAGCAGAAAUUGACUCCAUAGAAAAGCAAAGAGACAAAUUUCUUUUCGAAAAGCUCUUUGCGCAUUUUCAAGCAGAAAUUCGAAGGGUCCAGGACUUGUCUGACCAAGUCCGGCUUGCUGCAGAGCGCACAAACAACCCAGCAGCAGCAGCAGCAGCAGCAGCAGCAGCAGCAGCAGCAGCAGCAGAUGGCGAGGAGGCCCGCCCUUUGAGUUACGGGGAAAGCUCCAAAGUCAUUCUGGACAUGGAAAAUGCCGGCGCCUACGGCGGCGACGAGACGGACAAUUUGUUCAUCACAGAAGACUGCAGAGAUAUCGCGUAA